GGAGCAUAACGUGAGACAAAAUAGCAACCUAGGUAAACGCUAUUGACUCUCAAAUGUGUGAAUUGUCAGAUUGCCUAACAAAAGAUUUGUGUAAGAAUUUAAGAUAGUUUAAACAUAACGUCAUAAGCCUAAACGAUAACUAUUAUCUGAUGAUCAGAAUAGCGAUUCCAUUAGUUGAUCCUAUACCAAACAAUUUUCUUGAACUGUUGAACUGAAGACAUAGUGCUGGUACGUACUGUUACAGUGGAACUCUGCGUUACGGCCAUCCUGUUAUUACGAUCGUUUAAAUUACAUUUGUUUGGAAGUUCAGCUAGACUGGCUUGUAAAUUGUAGUUUGUUUAAUAAGCUUAUUACCUCUUAGAACUGAUCCAUGAUGUAUUUGAAUCGUCAGAUCGUCACCCCACGAGAUGCCAAGGACAUCAAAAGGCGGUCCUUUAGCAUCCAAGCCUUAUUACGUUUCCACGGCGGUCUUGUUGGCCAGAAACACUGUCAUCAUUUUAGCCAUAGCACUGUUCUACGUCAAUUUGGUUGUGGCAGAUGAAUCAAAACCAAUUCCGCCAGGACGGUACCAAAAGCUGAUAGGUCCGGGCUUUGCCACAAACUGGUUCAAGACAAAGGGGCCCAUGAAGAAAUAUUCCGAACAAAACAUUAAAAACGUCAGUGAUAAAGGAUUUAAGAACUUAAGGCUGCGAUGCAGGGCAGAUUUCUACUCAUACGAUUACACAGCCACAAACUUUACUUGGUUUCUUGGAAAUUUGACCACCGUUGUUGAUCACUGCUUAAAGCACAAGGUCAUCCCAAUUGUGUCGUGGAUUCACCACCACGCCGAGGCCUAUGCUACAGAAGAGGACCAUGAUGCUUAUGUGGCUUGGUGGACAGCAGUGGCGCAGCAAUUGAAAGACAAGCAUUUCAAAUUGAGUUUCAAUCUUUUUACAGAAUUAGGAAUAGACGAAUGUGGGACAAACUGCGACGAAAGUCUUCGCAAAAGAAUUGAUAAAUACAACAACUGGACCGCAGAUGUGGUGGCAGCGAUUCGUGGAACAGGUGGCAACAACGGUCAGCGGAUACUGAUUCUCGGAUCGCCAGGAAAGACUGCGAAGGACCUGGAAAACAUCGAAAGCACAAUUUAUAGCAAUGAUUCAUAUAUGAUGGCGGAGUGGCACAUUUAUGCCUCAGGGCCGAACAAAAAGAAAGAUGGGCAGAAAUACUGGAAGGGAAACGGUACCACCAAAGGCCAAGAAAAUGUCAAAAAUGCGAUCUAUGAGGCAACUAAUUUCACGGAGAAAUUCAAACUGCGGACAUACCUUGGUGCCUGGAUGCCUCAAGACAACAAAGAUGGAGACUUGAAUGAAGAUGAAGUGAUAAGCUUUGCACGCUUUUUUGUGAGUGAGCUUCGCAGUGUAAACAUACCAUGGUCGUUAAACGUUUUGGAUCGCUACUACGAUACCAAAAAGAAGACAUGGCUGACAGAGAAACAGAAUAUCCGGGGGCGAAACCUUAACAUGUCACGGGUGUUGGACAAUAUCCGCGAAGUAAUAUCGUCACCCCACGAGAUGCCAAGGACAUCAAAAGGCGGUCCUUUAGCAUCCAAGCCUUAUUACGUUUCCACGGCGGUCUUGUUGGCCAGAAACACUGUCAUCAUUUUAGCCAUAGCACUGUUCUACGUCAAUUUGGUUGUGGCAGAUGAAUCAAAACCAAUUCCGCCAGGACGGUACCAAAAGCUGAUAGGUCCGGGCUUUGCCACAAACUGGUUCAAGACAAAGGGGCCCAUGAAGAAAUAUUCCGAACAAAACAUUAAAAACGUCAGUGAUAAAGGAUUUAAGAACUUAAGGCUGCGAUGCAGGGCAGAUUUCUACUCAUACGAUUACACAGCCACAAACUUUACUUGGUUUCUUGGAAAUUUGACCACCGUUGUUGAUCACUGCUUAAAGCACAAGGUCAUCCCAAUUGUGUCGUGGAUUCACCACCACGCCGAGGCCUAUGCUACAGAAGAGGACCAUGAUGCUUAUGUGGCUUGGUGGACAGCAGUGGCGCAGCAAUUGAAAGACAAGCAUUUCAAAUUGAGUUUCAAUCUUUUUACAGAAUUAGGAAUAGACGAAUGUGGGACAAACUGCGACGAAAGUCUUCGCAAAAGAAUUGAUAAAUACAACAACUGGACCGCAGAUGUGGUGGCAGCGAUUCGUGGAACAGGUGGCAACAACGGUCAGCGGAUACUGAUUCUCGGAUCGCCAGGAAAGACUGCGAAGGACCUGGAAAACAUCGAAAGCACAAUUUAUAGCAAUGAUUCAUAUAUGAUGGCGGAGUGGCACAUUUAUGCCUCAGGGCCGAACAAAAAGAAAGAUGGGCAGAAAUACUGGAAGGGAAACGGUACCACCAAAGGCCAAGAAAAUGUCAAAAAUGCGAUCUAUGAGGCAACUAAUUUCACGGAGAAAUUCAAACUGCGGACAUACCUUGGUGCCUGGAUGCCUCAAGACAACAAAGAUGGAGACUUGAAUGAAGAUGAAGUGAUAAGCUUUGCACGCUUUUUUGUGAGUGAGCUUCGCAGUGUAAACAUACCAUGGUCGUUAAACGUUUUGGAUCGCUACUACGAUACCAAAAAGAAGACAUGGCUGACAGAGAAACAGAAUAUCCGGGGGCGAAACCUUAACAUGUCACGGGUGUUGGACAAUAUCCGCGAAGUAAUGCCCUAAAGGGUAACGUUGAACACUAUUGUUGUUUUAUCAGUUCUCAAGACAAGGUCAGUGUAGACCUUCCUCAAGAACAACAAUUAAUAUAAUAACACUGAUAGUCCUUACAGGCAGGUAUCAGAGGUAUGUUUUGAACAUGUAAAAGGGGUAGAGCAGGAAAAUGCUGAAAGGGAUAUAACCAAUAAGUUAUGGUAAGUUGAAAAAACAAAACAUAAAGUGAAUCGAAUAAAACAUAUAAAACUGAUAUGACUAAAAAACUUUCGUUAAAUUUGAGGACCCACUUUUGCGAAGCAAUGACAAUCCAUUUGCCUGGUUUGAAAUUAGAGUCUUAACAAACUUAUUGUGAGUCUGGUGAUUCCUCAAGUAAAUGUCGUCGCAUGUAUCAUUCAUUCUGUCAAAAGCCACAGCCGUUAAUUGGUUACUCAGAGGUCGUCUUAUUGCUUUCCCUGAAGUGGCUGAAUUGUAAAGCAACUCUUCAUCCACGUCAACCGAGUUUGUAGGAUCGAUGCAUGCAUGGUUCAAGGUUAGGUCGGGAUAGGUAAUACCAAGGUAGAUAAAUUGAACUGUUUCCUCGGUCACCUCAGUACCUGUAAACACGACAUAAUUUGCGGUUCGGUGACUUUCGAACUUGGGCGAUGCUCGCUGUAUCAACAUUAUGCAGAACUUUGUAAACUUCAUUGCAAAGCUCUA